CGGAAAGGGUUAAACAAAUAACGGCCGCUAGAAUCCCGCGAAAAUUUGACCGUACGCGUGGCUGCAUUGGUAACCACUCCGGUGAAUUUAUCAUUCCCCCUCUCGCUCUUUUUAAGUGUAAUUUAAGCGUUUCCGGCCACCGUCCAGGCAAGAAGAUCUGCAGUCAACUCCCAUGGCGAUCGAGGCGUGGUUCAUGGAUGACAACGGAGAGGAUCAGAGACUGCCGCACCACCGGGAGCCUCCGGUGUACGUGCCGCCGGAGCAGUUAGCGGAGAUCGGAGUUCUUUACUGGCGUUUGAAUCCGCAGAUUUACGAGAACGACGAUGAGUUGAAGAAGAUUCGAGAGACUAGAGGCUACAGCUACAUGGAUUUGCUGGACUUGUGUCCUGAGAAGGUGGAGAACUAUGAGCAGAAGCUGAAGAAUUUUUACACUGAGCACAUCCAUGCAGAUGAGGAGAUACGUUACUGCUUGGAAGGGAGUGGGUAUUUUGAUGUCCGGGACAAGAGUGACUGUUGGAUUCGCAUCUGGAUCAAGGCUGGUGAUCUUAUUGUGUUACCAGCCGGGAUUUACCACAGGUUCACCCUCGACACUGAUAACUACAUCAAGUUGAUGAGGUUGUUUGUGGGAGAGCCUGUGUGGACAGCACACAACAGGCCACAGGAAGAGCAUCCAGCCAGGAAGGAGUACAUCAAGAGCUUGACUGAGAGGGUGGGUCUGCCACUUCAAGCACACUAAGCCAAACUGUUAAAUUGAUGUGAUUUAGAGAGUAAAAUACUCAUUAAUAUGCUUGUUAUAUUGGCAUAUUAUGUAUGUAACUAUAAUAUGAAACUGUCAAAGAUUAAAAUGCUUAUUUUUAAUAUUGAAAUUGACUGCAGUAUUUGAAAGGAAUUUGUGAAUA